AUGCAGAACCCUUCGAUAGUGCUCUACGGCCCGGGAAAGGCAAAGCUGGAAGAUAAGCCAGUACCGGAUAUUUUAGACGGACACGAUGUCAUAGUGCGAAUCGCAUUCGUCGGCGUCUGCGGGAGCGAUGUCCACUUCUGGAGACACGGCGGCAUCGGCGAGCAUCACGCCGACCCCGUAGCCGGCAUCGUAAUGGGCCACGAAGCCGCAGGCACCAUCUCGUCCAUCGGCCCGUCCGUAACCCGCGUCAAGCCCGGCGACCGGGUAGCCAUCGAGCCCGGAGUCCCCUGCCGCUACUGCCGCGCCUGCAAAUCCGGCUCCUACCACUUCUGCAAAGACAUGCGCUUCGCCGCUGCCCCCGGCCCGCCAGAUACCCAGGGCACGCUGUGCAAAUACUUCAAGGUUGCCGAGGACUUUGUGUACAAGAUUCCGCAGACGUUGAGUCUUGAAGAGGCGGUGCUUGUCGAGCCUACGAGUGUCGGGGUGCAUGCUGUGAAGCUUGGAGAUGUGAGGCCCGGGGAGACGGUGGUGGUGAUGGGGAGCGGGACGAUUGGGCUGCUGUGUGCGGCUGUGGCUAAGGUCUAUGGGGCACACCGCGUUAUCCUCGUCGAUAUUCUGGAUCGCAAGCUCGAAUUCGCCCGGGAAUUCCUGCACUGUGGGACUUUCAAGCCAGACACCAGCGCCAGCGCUGAGCAAAACGCCGCGGGUCUCCUCAAAGAUCUCGGGCUUGAUGAGGUAGAUACCGUGAUUGAAGCCUCGGGCGCAGCAUCUAGCACUGAGACCGGCAUCUACAUUCUUCGUCCCGGAGGCAAAUUUGUGCAGACAGGGAUGGGACGGCCGAAGAUCGAAUUUCCGAUCGGGGCUAUGAGUGAGAAGGAGUUGAUGGUUCGAGGAUGUUUUCGGUAUCGUUCGGGCGAUUACGAGUUGGCGGUGAGUCUGCUGUCGAAGGGGAUGAUCGAUGUAAAGCCUUUGAUGAGUUCGAUGACGCCGUUUGAAGACGCUACGGCGGCCUGGGAGAAGACGGCUAAAGGAGAGGGGAUUAAGAAUUUGAUUCGGGGCGCGCAGGACUAA